AAGUAGCAAGUCACACACGAUCUAAGAACAACCAUCUCUUUCCGUGGUGCGGUGGGAUGCCUUUUCAGUCCAAUCAUUCAUCAGUACACCACUGUGAUACGAUUCCAGCUGCUAUGAUGGCAGGAGAGGUCAUCCUAUCGUUCGCCGACGAGAUCCAGAAACAAGUCCAAGCCAGCGACUGCGAAGGCCCCGGUCUUCACUUGGACGAAACGACGGGAACCAAGCUGGACCGCUACCUCAGCCAGCUGCCACUCCUCAUCGGAACCUCCUCUUCCUCCAUACGCCGGCGCUUUGAUCAUCUAGGCACGGAGCUGUGGAACAUUUGCACGCAGCGUAUGACAGGCCGCAGCGAUCCAACAUCACUUGUGCUCUUGUGCAAAGUAAAAGCGCUAGCCUGGGCUAUGCUUGACGUCGCCGUCCCAGAUCGGAGCCUAGGAAGUUUCGGAGUCCUAGAUGCAGCUUUCAAGCUGGUCAAAGCUUGCACAGAGAAUGAUUGUAUCGCUAUCAGCUUGAAGGUCAUUGAGGCAGUAGCCAUACGAUUGGAUGCGCUCGAACAUUCCGAGGCAGAUGUCGACAGAGCGAGGUUGCACCGGUGCAACGUGCAGUAUUAUAUGCUUCGGGUCCACUUGGCUUGGCUUCAGGGAAGACCAGACAUUGCAGAUCAUCUAUAUCUGAGAGUCCCGGAGUCGAGCACCGGUAACCACUGUGUCUUGGAUGUGUGUUUCAAAGUUGGGAGCUCAGCGCUUUCAGGCGGCCAGCAUGGUAUCGCAGCCAAGUGGUUGGAGAGAGGGUGGAAACAAUGCAAUUUGCUCAUCCAUGCAGACGGGGAAUGUGAUGUGGCUUUGAAUGAUAAAGAGCUUCUGGUUCUUCAUGCUUUAGGUGGAGGAAUUCUAUGUGUUGGUCUGUUCAAGUGCUGAUUUGGAAUAGUGCGCGCGAAUGUCCACCUUGAUACGCAUGAUUCAAGGGCUACCCUUGCGAAGGGCGUCGAGCGCUUGACUGUUCGGUACGGCCAUCUGUUCUCAGUUCGUCUUCUCGAGCUUGAAG